AUGGAAAAUAAAAAUUCAUCCGAUGUUUUAUAUUCUGUGGACAACGGUAUGUUAAAAAUCAUAUUAAAUCGACCAGAAAAAAAAAACGCUAUUUCCACUUCUAUGUACAAGAAAUUAGUACAAAUCUUACGUGAAUCUAUUCAGGACGAAAAUAUAUUCGUAACAGCUUUAACUGGUACUGGAGAAUUUUUUAGUAGCGGAAAUGACUUUAAUUCCUUUUUAACAAUGCAAGAUACAGGAGAUUUUGAUCUCACAGGAGUAAUCAAUGUCUUUAAAGAAUUUGUGGAUAUGUUAAUUACAUACCCUAAACUUUUAGUAGCUGUUGUAAAUGGUGCAGCAAUUGGAAUUGCAGUAACAAUGCUUCCAUUAUUUGACAUGGUAUAUGCAUCACAAACGGCUUAUUUUCAUACACCAUUUACAAGAUUAGGUCUUGUUGCAGAAGGAUGUUCUACAUAUACAUUUCCUAAAAUAUUUGGGCAGUCCAAGGCUGGAGAUAUGUUAUAUUUAGGUUAUAAAAUGAGUGCAUCUGAAGCUAAACAGUAUGGUUUAGUUAGUGAAGUAUACAAAUAUGAAUGCUUAGAUGAAGUUUGGACAUAUUUAAAAAAAUUGACAGAGGUCUCAUCAAAG